ACCUGCAGCGCCGCCGGCCACAGUGCGGCGGCCGGUUCUCCGCUGGGCGCGGGGCUGAGAACAGGUGGGUGCUUGCGUGUGUCUGCCGGCCAGGAAGAAAACACGUCUCGGGUCGCAGUCCCGCCUGCGGGAGCGGAAGUGAAAGACGGAGGCGGAGGAGCAAAGGCACCGACGGACUCAGCCAUGACCACCAAAGAACAUCCGUCAUUGUGGGGCUUUGGAACAACAAAAACAUUUAAAAUUCCCAUUGAACAUUUGGAUUUCAAGUAUAUUAAAAAAUGUUCAGACGUUAAACACCUGGAAAAAAUUCUCUGUGUGCUCAGAUCUGGUGAGGAAGGAUAUUAUCCAGAACUUACAGAGUUUUGUGAAAAGCGCCUUCAAGGCUUGGCUCCUGCAAGUAGAGCUUUGAGGAAAGAUAAACCAGCAGCUACAGCAUCCAGUUUUACAGCAGAAGAAUGGGAAAAAAUUGAUGGCGAUAUAAAGAGUUGGGUAUCAGAAAUUAAAAAAGAAGAAAAUAAAAUGUACUUUUCUGAAACUGAAACAUUUCCAGCAACGGAAGAUAAUUUGCCUCCAGUUCGUGGUUCAAAUAGCUGUCUUCAUGUUGGCAAGGAAAAAUAUUCUAAAAGUAGACCAGCUAAAAAGAAAAUUCCAAGGGAUUAUGCAGAAUGGGAUAAAUUUGAUGUGGAAAAGGAAUGUUUAAAAAUUGAUGAAGAUUACAAAGAAAAGAUUGUAGUAGACAACAAGGCACAUUUGUCUAAAAUUGAGAAAAGAAUAGACACAACAGGUCUAAAUGAGAAGGAAAAGGAUUUUCUUGCUACUCGUGAAAGGGAAAAAGGAAAUGAAGCUUUCAAUUCAGGAGAUUAUGAAGAGGCAGUGAUGUAUUAUACCAGGAGCAUAUCAGCGCUUCCCACUGUAGCUGCCUAUAACAAUCGAGCUCAAGCAGAAAUCAAGUUACAGAACUGGAACAGUGCUUUUCAGGAUUGUGAAAAGGUCUUGGAGUUAGAACCUGGAAACAUAAAGGCUCUUCUGCGGCGUGCCACUACAUAUAAACAUCAAAACAAGCUACAGGAAGCUAUCGAAGAUUUGAGUAAAGUACUAGAUGCUGAGCCUGAUAAUGAUUUGGCCAAGAAAACCUUGUCAGAGGUUGAAAGAGAUCUGAAAAAUUCUGAACCUGCAUCUAAGACUGAAACCAAAGGGAAAAGGAUGGUUAUUCAGGAAGUAGAAAACUCCGAAGAUGAAGGUGGAAAGGACGAUGGAGGAAAACAUGAAGAUGGCAGUGGAGAUGACAAGCCCGCCGAGCCGCACGCCAUGGGCAACAUCCAGAAGAAGCUGACGGGCAAAGCCGAGGGCGGCAAGCGGCAGGCCAGGGGCGCGCCGCGGCGGGGCCGGGCGGCGGGCGCCGGCGCGGACAAGCGAGGCCGGCCGCGGGCCUCGGCGACGGCGGGCAGCGGCGCCAAAGGGCACCCGGGCAGCGGGCCGGACGCUGGGGAUCCCCCCGCGCCGCCGCCCGCCGCCCCGGCCGGCCCCGCCGGCCUGAAGACCCAGGGCAACGAGCUGUUCAAAGGCGGGCAGUUCGCCGAGGCGGCCGGCAAGUACUCGGCGGCGAUAGCGCAGCUGGAGCCCGGAGGAAGUGAAAGUGCAGAUGAUCUAAGUAUCUUAUAUUCAAAUAGAGCAGCAUGUUACCUAAAAGAAGGAAACUGCAGUGGCUGCAUUCAAGAUUGUAACAGAGCUCUGGAACUUCAUCCAUUCUCAAUGAAACCUCUUUUGCGACGAGCAAUGGCCUAUGAGACUUUAGAGCAGUAUGGGAAAGCUUACGUGGAUUAUAAAACAGUGCUGCAGAUGGACUGUGGAGUCCAGCUGGCAAAUGACAGUAUUAACAGAAUAACAAGAAUUUUAAUGGAGCUGGAUGGACCAAAUUGGCGGGAGAAACUGUCACCCAUUCCUGCUGUGCCCACUUCUGCACCACUGGGAGGUUGGCGUCCUGCAGCAGAGACAACCUCAAACCAAGUGGGAGAUUCCAGCAGCCACCACCAGCUGGGCGUCACAGAUGAAAAAAUGUUUAAAGCCCUUAAAGAAGAAGGAAAUCAAUGUGUAAAGGACAAAAACUAUAAAGAUGCUGUUAGUAAAUACAGUGAAUGCUUAAAGAUUAAUAACAAGGAAUGUGCUAUAUAUACAAACAGAGCUCUCUGUUACUUGAAGCUGUGCCAGUUUGAAGAGGCAAAGCAGGACUGUGACCAGGCGCUUCAGAUAGACGAUGGGAACAUGAAAGCGUACUAUAGACGAGCUCUGGCUCACAAAGGACUCAAGAAUUAUCAGAAAAGUUUAACUGAUCUCAAUAAAGUUCUCCUACUAGACCCAAAUAUUGCUGAGGCAAAGAUGGAACUGGAAGAGAUAACCAGAUUCCUUAAUAUUAAGGAUAAUACAGCAUCAUUCAACAAAGAAAAAGAGAGAAGGAAAAUUGAGAUUCAAGAGGUGAACGAAAGCAAUGAAGAGGAGCCUGAAAGACCCUCCAUGGAGGUCUCCGCUGCCUGCCUUGCUUCUGAGAAGGGAGACAAAAGCAACUGGCUACCAGAAUACUCUGAAAAACUUCAGAUCUCCAAGCCUAAUAAUGCCUAUGAGUUUGGUCAGGUUAUAAAUGCUAUCAAUACUAGGAAAGAUAAAGAAGCCUGUGCACACCUUUUAGCCAUCACUGCACCAGAAGAUUUGCCAAUGUUGUUGAGUAACAAACUUGAAGGGGAUACAUUCCUCCUUCUCAUUCAGUCUCUGAAAAAUGAUCUUAUUGUUAAAGAUCCUUCAUUGGUAUAUCAGCAUCUUUUAUAUCUGAGUAAAGCAGAAAGGUUUAAGAUGAUGUUGACACUAAUUAGCAAGGGCCAAAAGGAGCAAAUUGAACAGCUAUUUGAUGACCUUUCAGACACACCCAACAACCAUUUUACUUUGGAAGACAUACAGGCCCUAAAAAGGCAGUAUGAGCUUUAAAUCAAGAUUUUUCUAGAACUUGGCAUCCAAUGGUGACUGAGAAGGCCUCAUGUUCCAGACUGUACAGUUACAAGAUAACGGCACCUCCAUCAGCCUGGUUCUUUGAAUGUUGCUUUGAAGCAGAGUCCUGCCAGUCUGCACUGGAUAUACAGCAUGGACAAGCUUAUGCUUUCUUCCACUGAGAUUCUGGAUUGUUUGUAACUAUGUCCAAGGACUUAACCUCUCACAGUCUGUUUCCACAUUUGUCCUAUCUUCAGCCCUUAAAUCUUUCCUGACCUUCAACCUGUAAAACCAAAUUCAAACUGUUCAUUUCAACAUGGAUGUCUCAAAGAUACUUCAAAUAUAGUAUGCCCUAAACAGAACUCUUUGUUCUCUCAAACUCAGGCUUCACUUAUCCCGUAGCUCAGUGAAAGGUACCAGCAUUCACACACUGGCCUGAGAAACCUAGGCUUCGUCCUAAACCUCACAUCUAAUAUUUCAUCCAGACAAACUGUUUAUUAUGCAAACAUGGCACACUCACCCAAGAUUAACUGCUUUUGCACAGGAUAUCUUACCACAUAGUUUUGGUGUUCUUGAGUUUACUUGUCUGACAGAAAAUGUCUGGUUCAAUUCUGUUUCCCAUAUUGCUCAUCAAAAUGCCUGGUGCAACAAAUGCCAUAAAUAUUUGUUGAAUAAAAGAGAAAUCUUAGUAAUUUUACAUUUUUGGGUACAUAUAUUACAUAAAGUAUUCCAGUGGACUGUCAGCACUUGUUAUUAUAUCUAGUUGAUUUGCUGUAAAUCAUGCAUCUGGAAGUAGAAAAGUCUCCAGCAUAAUUGUAUACAGAGUGUGGUUUAUCAAAGCUUAACUCAUGCCUUAGGGACCUUAUGACCAAAGUUUCUAGACAAAAGGGUAAAAGAGGAUAUUAAAACAGAAAAGGAAGAGAAAGAAAUUACAGGCUCUGAAAACUGUGAGUUAUUUACUUUAAAGUGUAAAACACCUGAGCAAAUCACAAUCACUUUGGGCUUAAAUUUGCUUAUUUUUAAAUGAUUAGUAAAUAUCAUCUGGACUGACAUGUUUAUUGUAAAAUAACAUGAAAAUACUUUCUAAGCUGUGUAAUAUAAGAGCCUAUCAUUACUAAUUUUGGCUCAUGGACACUAUGAAAGUUCCCCGUGUACAGAACUGGAAUCUAGUUAUUUUCAUAUUCGAAAAUAACACAAAUUUUUGACUUAUCCAUGGUUUCACAAAA